UUGGUCGCUGUUGUCUCACUUUACCCUGUAAUUUUUUCAAAUUGCAGCACAGUGCUAGUCGAAAAUCAUCCGAAUGCGUUGGAGUCAUUGAUCAAUUCAUUUGUCGGGAAGCAGAUACCCGAUGAUAACACCAACAGUUCCGAGUAUGGCUUGGCUUUCAAGCUUCUCAUUUUUGUGAACAUGGGCAAGCAUCGUCGUCGUCAAGUGGCAAUGAGCUACCAGCCGUUGCGUCAACAUCGCUUUCCGUUUCUUCUUACACCAAUAACAGGAACAAAAGUGCAGCCAAUGGUUGCAUCAGCAGAAGCAGUAGUAACAGGUAUUCAAACACAUUCGCCGUUGCCACAUCCACUGACAUUCGAGUCGACCAAGCUCAGAACACCAUCUCCAGUCAGUUCAGAAGCACAUCCUUGUGCAGGACGAAGUGUGGCGAGUGCGAUUCGCCGAAUUUGCUUAACAUCGCCGUUGUCGGCUCUCACUUUGAAAAAGCAGAUCUCAGAUUUGAUAUACGAUGCCGAGAUCAAACAGCUUAUACGUGAGCGGAAGACAGAGCAUUUAUAG